AUGAAUCAAUUACAGAAGCCAAAGGAUCUAUCAUCGGGAAAGGAUUGGACUAGAUGGAAAAGUGUGUUUAAUCUUUACUUGAUAGGAUCAGGUGCGAUUAAACUAAAAGAAGAAGAAAAAAUAGCAAUUCUCUUACAUUGUAUUGGUGACGAAGGAAGAACAGUAAGCGAAACUUUUGAAUUUACGGAAAAGGACAGGACAUAUGAUACCUUAAUUAAAAAAUUUGAUGAAUACUAUGUGCCAGCGCUAAAUGAAAUUGUAGAGACUUUCAAAUUCAACAGUCGAGUUCAAGGUGCAGACGAAACAUUUGAAAAAUUUGAAACAGAUCUACGACAAUUAAGCAACAAUUGCAAUUUUGGUUCACUAUCGUAUUGUCGCAGGAGUAAAAUGUAA